AUGAUGUUCUUGGAUGAGCAACUGAGUUCUGGAUUGUGGUGUUUUGGACUCACAUGGAGAUGCACUCUUUCGGAAGCCAUUGGACUCUGGUCGGUGUUGUUGUUCUACAUGACGAUCUGCCUUGUGAGCUUGAUCCAUGUCCUUCUCCUUCCGAACACAACACGAAGCACUGCUACUCGCGCUGCUAGAGCAUCAUCCUCCAGUAGCGACAAUGACGAUGUGAAACUGCUUGUCACAUUGGUACUCUACUUUUUUAUCUUUGCGGCUGGUUGUCUGCUAUGGGUGCUUUCCAAUACGAAUGGUACACUGGUACACCCCAUUCAGAAUUGGCAAGUUCAAUUAGUCGGUUCGAUCCUGCUACUGCCGUGUGCGUUGGCGUUUGUGAAAAUCCACAUUGAUUUGGGCGACAAUUGGUAUCCCAUCCCGGACCAACCGCCUCAACUUGUCACACACGGAAUAUUUCGGUAUGCACGACAUCCCAUGUAUGCCGUGUUUCUUUGGUCCGUUCUUGGAACGUUGUUGGCAACAUUGAAUUGGGUGAUUGCCUGGUGUGUCUCGGGGAUCGUCUGGGUCACCUUGCCACGCAUUCCCAUUGAAGAACAAAUUCUUUCGAAUGUGUUUGGAGUCGACUAUUUGCACUAUCAACAAACGGUACCGUCGGCACUGGGGCGUCCUUGGGGGUGUUUGGGGUAUGACUAUUAUCCUAACAACAGCCAACCCGGACCAACAAUGAGGACGACUACGAGUAGUCAACGAAACCAGUAUCAUCCAAUUGAUUAG